GGCCGUCUCGUCUACAAAUCAAUUUAAACCAUAUUAAUUAAUUUUAUUAUUGUGGUGGGACAGGAUGAACCAAAACGUCUGGCUGAAUUGAGGGAAGAAGUAGCAUGCUGAUCUUCAUCAAAACAUUUCCUUUCAUUCUCCAGUAAAAUACUAAAUAAAUGGCAGUGAUUUCAUCGUGUCAUCCUCCAAACCUACAGAAUCCUUCAAUUUGUACAAGAAAAGAGAAACUACACCACUUUCCGGCAACAACAUCUUAUGGAUUUCUUAGGCAGAAAGCAGCUGUCAAUACCCACUUUCCCCUAUGCUGCUUAAACAAUUUCAAUUCAUCAAGUAGUAGUACUACACAAACAGCAGCAGAAGAAGCUUUGCUGGCCAAAAAUGAUUUACUAGAUUUAAUUGCGGAUGAAGAACGAGGCGUUAAAACACAAGAAAACCCAUUGAAGAGAAUGCAGAUCAUUAAAGCAAUCGAAGCACUGCGCGUUUUCGGUAAGAAUUCAACAACAACUAGUUCCUCAACAUUAUCCGACACAUGGAGAAUGCUAUGGACAACUGAGAAAGAACAACUAUUUAUCAUCAAAAACGCAUACCUCUUCGGCGGCACACAAGCCGGUGACAUUUUGCAAGUCAUCGACGUAGACGCUGGUGUUCUUAAUAACGUUAUUACAUUCCCUCCUUCCGGUGUUUUCUUUGUUCGAUCGAGUAUCGAAAUUGUUUCACCUCAAAGAGUUAAUUUCAGAUUUACUAGUGCUGUUUUACGUGGUGAGAAUUGGGAGUUUCCAUUGCCGCCAUUUGGUCGAGGCUGGUUUGAGUCGGUAUACAUUGAUGACGAUAUUCGAGUGGUCAAAGAUAUUAGAGAUGACUAUUUGGUUGUUGAUCGUGCACCUUAUAAAUGGAAGGAAUGAGUUGAUAAUUUGAAAUUUACUGCUUUGUUUUUUUUCUUUCCUGGCUUGAUGUUCUACCAUACUACUCCUUUUCUUUGAUGACUUUUAACCAUUAGAUAAAUAUUAUAAGCUUUACAAUGAACAAAACGAGUUUUAUUGAGUUCUUCCA